ACCAGCCCCCUCCCCCCUCCCCGCGGCAGCCGGGCUCCGCCCCGCUCGCGCGCUGCCGGCCGGCUGUGACGUCACCGGGCCCCGCCCCCGGCUAUAAAUACUGGCGUCGCCGGCGCCGCCUUCCCACACUCUGCCUCUCCUCCUGGCUGUAGCGUUUCCUUUUUUUUUUUCCACUCUCCGGUCGUCUCCUUCUCUGCCUCUUCUCAUCUUUCUCGCGGUGGUGCUCUGCGGUGUGACGAGGCCGAAUCCUCUCCCUCACCAGGCCCGCGCCUCUCUCCUUCUGCCCGCGCCGCUCCAUUUCUCUCCGGCCGCCGCCGCCACUGCUGCCCAGCUGGUGUCGGUGCCGCGCUUUUCCCCCCACGUCGUUCCUGCAGCCUAUGGCCCAGGCCGCCUUGGGUAUUUCUGCUCAAGGUAACCACAUCCCUCUUUAAAAAUUCCGCCGAAAAAGAGAAGACGCUUUACCCGACUCUUUGGGCCGUUAUCUCACGGCGACCUUUCUGACCAAGUAUACAACUACCCAGAGGGCCUAGGAGAAGUGCUGUAUAGAGAGCAGUUCGACUUCAACGCUGAGCCACCUUGGGAACCUAGCUGAUGAUAGGGGGGUUCCAUCUCCUAACUUGUCCAUAAGCCAGAAAGUCAAUGAUGUGGGAAUGGAGAUAAAUAGAAUAUACUGAUUCUGCUGGUCUGGCAGCCAAGUUGACUGAUUCUUCAAUUUAUUAUGCCCAGGGAGGUCUUCACUUCCGAAAUCCAGGACUCAUAUUCAUCCAGCUUGGUGUCAAGUGGGCUGUUGCUGCCAGGAUUGUCUUGUGAUUAUUUGAGAGAUGUAUCAGUUUCUUCUGAAGUACAACCAACUGUAGAAGCCCUUGUAGCAGUUUGUUGCAUAUUCUAAGGACCCAGACAUAGGCUUGGUGGCCCGUCUCUUGUUUUUCCUGGUUUAUGACUUUCGGCUUUGUGGAAUACGGCUGAGAUGAAAGGAUUUAUUGACGAUCUUGGAAAUGUCUUACUACAUAUUGCAACAGAAGAUUAUAUUGGAGGUGAAGAGGGUAACAUGAAGUUUGGCACCUCACUGAAGAACUGUAGGCAUCUGUUGGAAUGUGCUAAGGAACUAGAUGUGCAAAUAAUUGGGGUUAAAUUUCAUGUUUCAAGUGCUUGCAAAGAAUCUCAAGUAUAUGUCCAUGCUCUAUCUGAUGCACGAUGUGUUUUUGACAUGGCUGGAGAAUUUGGCUAUACCAUGAACAUGUUAGACAUUGGUGGAGGCUUCACAGGAACUGAGUUUCAAUUGGAAGAGGUUAAUCAUGUUAUCAGCCCUCUGUUGGAUGUCUACUUUCCUGAAGGAUCUGGUAUUAAGAUCAUUUCAGAACCUGGCAGCUACUAUGUGUCUUCUGCAUUCACACUUGCAGUUAAUAUCAUUGCAAAGAAAGUUGUUGAAAAUGGUAAACUUUCCUCUGGAGUAGAAAAAACCGGAAGUGAUGAACCAGCCUUCGUGUAUUAUAUGAAUGAUGGUGUUUAUGGUUCUUUUGCAAGUAAACUGUCUGAGAACUUAAAUGCCAUUCCAGAGGUUCACAAGAAAUGCAAGGAAGAUGAGCCUCUGUUUACAAGCAGCCUUUGGGGUCCAUCCUGUGAUGAGCUGGAUCUAAUUGUGGAAAACUGUCUUCUUCCUGAGCUGAAUGUGGGAGACUGGCUUAUCUUUGAUAACAUGGGAGCAGACUCCUUCCACGAACCGUCUGCUUUUAAUGAUUUUCAGAGGCCAGCUGUUUAUUACAUGAUGUCAUUCAGUGAUUGGUAUGAGAUGCAAGAUUCUGGAAUUACUUCAGACACAAUGAUGAAGAACUUCUUCUUUGUGCCUUCUUGCAUUCAGCUGAGCCAAGAAGACAGCUUUCCCACUGAAGCUUAAACAGGCACUAACGCUUCUUUAGAUCUGAAGUUGCAGGUUAAGCUUGUCUGGUCUACAUUCCAGUGUGGGGGGAAAAUUCAAACAAUCUUAUUUGUUAAUUAUCUUGGAAACAAAAAUGAUUAGUAAUAGCCAAUUGGGACCAGACGAAAUCAGUUUUCAUCAAUAAUUCACUGGGGGUAAUGGGAGAUUUAGAUAAUGUAUCCAGAUUUAAACUUACCAGUUUGUUCUACCCCUUAAGCGUUUAAAAUAAAAUAUGCAACAAAAUGGAUGACUUAGCGGAGAUGGAAGCCCAUUAAUUGGGUUCCCCAUUAAACCGUUUACAUACAAGUACACAGUUUUUAUACUAAGGAUUCGUGUUUAAAAGUCUUGUAAAGUUAAUGUCUUUCACCCAGAUAUAUCAGAUGUCAGUGGAAGACGACCAGUGUGACUUCAUUAGAUACGUUUAGUGUAUUUAGGAUGUGUAAAUUUGUGCUUUGAACUGUAGUUUAAUAAAUGUAAAAUUGCAUCAUAGUAUUUGUUGUAUUUGACCUAAUGUAACCCUUGUAUGAUUGCAAUAAAAUUUUGUGUAGAUUUUACUGUUUUUUCAGGCUAAAACUUUGGGGAAGGGGCUAGCUAGCAAAGGUAGUUUUGGAAUAGAUGUGUAUAUGGACUGUUGUUGAAGGUUAUUUUUCUUUAUAGCCCACUUUAAGUUUAGUUUGGCUCAGAACUUUUUCAGUUAUUUAAUUAGUAAUUUAAGUAAAGUGUUUGGUAAAUCCUUGUGACGCUCAGAUUCAUUAUGGAGAGUUGAUGUGCAGUAGUAGGCAUGAUGUUAACAGUUUAACACCAAAAAUGCUAAUCUUGAGUAAGCCAGUUGUCAUCAGUGGGUGUUUCUGUAUAGAUAGGAUACAUAGAGUACCUUAGUGAGUUCUUGGAAUCACAGAUCUUUUGGCUGAAGUGGAAGAUUCUGUUAAACACUUGGGUAAAUGUGGGGGAAGGGAGAUAAAAUUUCAGAAAGCUGCAGAGCACUAAAACUUAAAGAAGGGCUACACCUCUAUCCAGAAACCUGACGCUCUUUUGCACGGAUAUUUAAAUUCAGAGUGGGGGGUGGGGUGAAGCACACUUACUUUCUUCAAUUUUCUAAUUUCAGUCAUGGCAAGUUUAGGCUUUUUUUGAUUUGGGUUUGUACUAUUCCCUUAUUUUCUUAUUUCCCAUUUGUUCAGCUUAGUAAUUGCUUUUAAUUCUUUUUAUACUAAAUCUUUAUGGUGAUUAGGGGAAGGGAGUUAGCAUCACUAACCUGACAGUUGUUGCCAGGAAUUUGCUUUGUUCACUGCUAGUAUAUUAGUAAUCCUAGAUCUCAGAAUCACAAUAGUAAUAAGCAACAAGGGUCAUUUUUUUCCUAACUUACUCUAUGUUCGGAUGUGGAAUUUCUGUCUCCCAAGAGGAAAUGUGACUUCACUUUGGUGCCAACAGACAGAAAAUUCUACCUGUGCUACAUAGGAGAAGUUUGGAAUGCACUUAACAGCUGGUUUUUGCACCUUGAUUUCAAGGUGGAAAGAAAUUAAUCAUGAAUCUCUAAUAAAUUUGAAUCUCAAACCAGUAGGUGCUUACUACUUUUGAUUUGAUUAUACCCAUUUGAAUUUCAUGGGUUCUAUUAAUGAAAAUAAAAUUAGGACCCCAAAGUCCUUGUCAUUUAAUUCCCUUGGACUUUUCCAAGGGGUAAUAUUUAUGGGGUUUUAUGCAAAAUUCCAAGCUGCAUUGCAACAUUUUUCUUUUUAUAAAUCAUAGCAAGGAGGAGGAAUUGUUCCCUACCUUCUUUACAUGUACAUUGUUGUGGUCCAGAAAUGCCAAACCUUUUAAAAGGUGGUACAGCUUUUGAGUUCUUGACUGCAGGCUUGAGCUUCACGGCGUGUCAGUUUUGCUGUGUCUGUCGGAGAGCUGUUUUACGUGAAAUAGCUCGGAGUUGCAAAUAUUACAUGGGAAUGAUUUGGUAACGUAAAGAAAUGUCUGUGUUGUAUUUUAAAGACUGUUUGCCAUAAAUCUGAAGUUUGAACCUUGUAUUUCAAUUUGGUAUGCUAAAACAGUUCAUGAAUUAAUGUAAAAAGAAUUUUUUUUACAAUAUUGUAAUCUCAGUUCAAGAUUUAACUGAAAAUAUACGACCCAAAUGAUUUCUAUAUAGUAAAAUGAACUGUAAAGGUGACUUGUGUGUGAUUCUGAAUACACAGAUAAAAUGUUUUUAUUCCUCAUGUUUUAUUUGGCGUCAUGAAAUAGAGGGGAAAUUGUACAUAGCUGCUUUUUGUACAUAACUUGCAAGUGUUCUUUAGGAAUCUUCCUGGAUUUGUUACCAAGUAGAUUGAAUAUGUUGUAGAGCAGUGCUGGGAGCUAGGUAUGGAAUGGUGAGGGUGUUGGUAAAGUUCAGUAAUGUAUACUAAAUGAAAGAACCAGCAGCUCUAAGGUGGUGUAAGGUAAUGGAGUCGAGGCUGCAUUGGCAAUAGAGGGGGUGGCAUAGGAGUACAGAAGAUCUUGUGAUAAAU